UAGGCGUAUGCGUACGAGCGGCGGUGCAUUCCUGCGUUUAAACAUUUCUGUGCGAACAACCGGUGGACAGCAGGUGCGAGUGUGAUAACCGUCCGUCGGCUGAUAACGGACGGGCGCCCGCUCGCGCGCGCAUAUGAUCAUCGAUAAGCGCCCCGUGCAUUACGUCGUAUCGCCCACCGCAAACCGUAGCGACAACAACCGAGGUGCACGGCCACCCACCGCAUCGCAUCCGACGUUACGUAAACUGCGCGACACAAACAACGACAACCGAACCCGUAGUAGUGUACGCGUAACGGACGCGAGCACCAUCGUCACCAUCACCACCUCCUCCGCCGUCAUCGGGGAAACGUCUACAUGGCUUGCGUGUCCUCUGGAUCGCUCAAAUGUAACCCACGUAUCUGAUAGUAACGACGACAACGCCCGCGAUGGACGACGAUACGAUGGCGGACAACCCGUCCGCGACCGGUAGGUCGUCGUCUCAGAAUUUCAAAGUGGUCCUUUUGGGCGAGGGUUGUGUCGGCAAAACAUCGUUGGUGCUCCGGUACACCGAAGAUAAGUUCAACGACAAGCACGUCAGCACCUUACAGGCGUCUUUUGUCAAAAAGAAACUCAAUCUCAACGGACGCAGAAUAAACUUGGCUAUAUGGGAUACGGCUGGCCAAGAACGGUUUCACGCCUUGGGACCCAUCUAUUACCGGAUGUCUAAUGGUGCAAUACUUGUUUAUGAUAUAACUGAUGAAGAUUCUUUUCAAAAAGUAAAAAAUUGGAUUAAAGAAUUGAAGAAGAUGUUGGGAAGUGAAAUUUGUUUAGUUAUAGCUGGAAAUAAAAUUGAUUUAGAAAAAGAUCGUACGGUUUCAGUUGAAGAUGCAGAAAAUUAUGCACGCUCAGUUGGUGCUGUACACUUUCAUACAUCUGCCAAAAUAAAUUCUGGAAUUGAAGAAAUAUUUUUGAACUUGUGUUAUUUGAUGAUUGAAAAGGCUGAUAAACAAAAGGCUGAUCAUUUGGUCUCAUUAAAUCGGUCUGGAAGCACAAGAAGAACAAUAAUAAUCGAUGAUGAAGAUGUUCCAUCAACUGAGGGUUCAUCACGUUGGUGUUGCAGUAAUUAGAUUAAUGUUUAGGAACACAAUUUAAAAUAUUAAAUAUUGUAUUUUUAAUAGGUAAAUAUAUUUUUUUUCUGAAA